AUGGUCUUCUCCUUUGUGCUGGGCUCCUUCACUUGCGGCAUGCUUAUUGACAAGAACCAGGUGCAUUUUGGGGGCAAGUCAUUGUACGGAGUCGCCUUGGUCGGCAAUGCUGUGCUGAUCUUCGCAGCGGCUUUGGUUCCCAACUUGCCGACUCUCUCUGUGUGCCUGGCUGCGACAGCUUGCGGACUCCAGAAUGCCAUGUGUACUUCACACUUUGGCGCAGUGGUCCGCACCACGCAUGUCACCGGCACUCUGACCGACAUAGGAUCUACCCUCGGGCGCAUUGCGAUGGUCUACCUCAGGAAAGGUUGCCGGCGAUCGCGCAUGAAUGUAUUGGAGAAGGCAGAGAUCGGCGUGGAUGCGCGGAAGCUUCUAGUGCUCCUCCCGAUGUGGGUCAGCUUCGUGAUGGGCAGCACCGUAGGCGCCUAUGCUGAGCACCUCUUCGGUGUCUACGCUCUCUUCUUCCCCGCCUCGAUGACGCUCACGGUCGGCCUGGUCUACAUGUUCUUACGGCAGCUGCUUGCCGAUAUGUUCACGCGAAUCGAGCAGGAGGGUCUGCGUGAAAAGCUGAUGGAUAUGCACUUGGCCUUCCAGCGCGCAGGCACAAGGUUGAAUGAAGCUGAGGGAGGCGUCGCCGGGGAGUUGCAGGAGCUCGACGAAGAGAUGGGCACCAUGCUUGAGGCCUUGGAUGAGGUUGGGAGUGGCGUGGAGAACCUUUGCAAGCUCUCGGGCAGUCAGCUUUCCAUGAGCUUGAGCCACCUCUCGCUGAGCCCUAGCAGACGGAGCUUAGAGAAGACACCGAUUCAUGGCGUGGCCGACAGCGUCUGA